AUGUCGGCGGCGGAGGAGGACACCGAGCUGCGGGACCUGCUCAUCCACACCCUGGAGAGUAACGGCGUGCUGAGCAAGAUCAAGGCGGAGCUGCGGGCCUCGGUCUUCCUGGCGCUGGACGAGCAGGAGCGGGCGGACAACAAGCCAUCGCUCGUCAACCACAGCCUCCGGCAGUUUCUCGGCACCAGAGAUGGCCGCCUAGUCGCCGGCCUGGUCACGGACUUCCUCCAGCACUUCCACCUGGACUUCACCAUGGCCGUGCUGCAGCCGGAGGCAGGCCUGCCCAGCACACCCGAUGAGCGGGCUGUCACCGCCCGGGAGCUGGGGCUGUCAGAGGCGGGGAGGAAGGGUCCCCUCAUCCUGGAGCUGCUCCGACACCACCAGCAGCAGGGAGAGCCGGCGCUGAGCGCAGGAGAGAAGGCCCGGUAUGUGCCCCAGGAGGUGCCCCCCGCGGACGUGGCCGAGGCGCAGGCAAAGUUUGAGCUGUAUGCCCGGGAUAAAGAUGGCGGCAUGAAUAGCGAGGAGGCGCGGGCGCUCCUAACUGAGCUCUUCCCCCAUCUCCCGGAGAACACGCUGGCCAGGUAUGCCGCCGCCGAGCAUGCCAUAGACUGGCCGGGCUUCCUGGCCGUGUACAGGCGCCUGCGAGUUGCGGCCCAGGACCGGCUGCUGGACGGCAGGAGCGAGAGCCCCGCACACCUCACCGAGACCCACGCUGCGAGCAACGGGCUGCGGACGGAGCAGGGCCAGGCCGGACUCCAGCCCUCCCGUGCGGAGCCUGAGGAGGACAUUGAGGGAGACUCGUUCUUCGAUGACCCCAUCCCAAAGCUGGCUAAGACUUACGGUUGGCAGGAGGAGGGCAGCAAAUCCAUUGGCAGCCUUUCCGGCCACUCGCUGGCAGUGCUGUCCGGCCAGGGCUCCCUGCCAGGCGCCCCUCAGCAACCUAAUGACUCGCACAGAGGGGUAGCGCACAUAACCGCCUAUGGGAAGGGGGCUCCGCAGGAGGCAGGAGCCGGCAAUGAGGAGGACUACAUGGAUGACUUCAAUAGCACCAGCCAGCGCUCGGAUAGGAGUGAGGGCAGCAUUGGGGAGGACCUGGACGAGGAGCUAUCUGCAGAUGACUUUACUGGCAGUGACCACAAGCUGGAGGACUUCACUCAGGACAACUCCAUAUCCCACCUCAGCGAUGUGGCAGACUAUCUGGAAGAUGUUUCAUGAGCAUGAUGGGUUCUUGUGUCACAACUUGUUCUUUAUGGCUCCAUUUCAGUUUCCCUUCUUUAUGUUAAUAUAUAAAAAUGUCUGAUGUAGAA